CUCAACAAUAUUCAACACAAUACGCACGCAACUUGCAAUCACAACACCAAACACGCCCUUCUUCCUCUAUAAAUACCAUCGUCCGCCAAACAAUGAUCUUUUUUCCCCUCUUCUUCCACUUUCCACUCUUAACCCCUUCUUCCCCUCCGGCAAUCUCGCCGGCCCUCCGACCACUUUCUCGCCGGGAUAUCAAAAUCCCUUAUUUUUCGGCAGUCUCCUCCUCUUUCUCUCCCUUCAUUUCCGAGGUUCUCUCUCUUUCUCUCUUCCUUUCUCUCCUUCUCAUCCCCUCUCUCUCUCUCACACACACACAGUUGAUUUACGUUUCAAUAUUGUUCUUCAUCGUUUUUUAAUUUUUAGAUCUGAUUUGUAUUGGAUUGAUUUUUUUUCUUUAUUUUUCCUUCUACCCUUUUUGUUUUAGACCUUGUUUAUUCUGUCUAUCUUUGGUAUAUGCAUCAUAAUUUAGCUCCACUCGGAUCUUUGAAUUUUCUUUUAAUUUGAGCUUUUUUGCAUUUAAUUGUUCUAAAGCUUAGGAUUUGAUUUUGCUUUACAAUUAAGUUCUUUCUUUAAAAUGAUACAUUCUACAUGAGCGACUGGUAUAUCUAUCUCCCUGUUUCAAUUUUAUGUAAAGAGGAUAUUGAACUUUAGUAGUAGUAAUUGGGAAGAUCACUUCAGUUAUGAUAGUCAAGUUGGCUUUCUCUUUGCUAUAAUGUAAAAGAAAAAGGCAAGAUUGAUUCUUUCUGCUUUGCAUUCCUAUUGAGGAUACGAGAUUUAUAUAAGAUGGAUAGCGAGCAAAGGAAAAGAUGGAUUAGGUAAAGCAUAAGAUAAUGGUUGUUGCCAAUAAUGCAUUUUUUUUUUUAUGACCGUUAUGGUUUGUAGUCAUUUUCCACUGGUCCAAAUUCCAAUUUGGGGUUUUUUUUUUUUUUUUUUUCGUUCUCCAGUUCGUUUUCUAUGGAAAAGCUUAUAAAAUUUACAUAGUUGUGUGAUGUUUGACUUUUUAUGUCUUCUCUUACAUUAGUAGGUGCAUCAGAAUAAGCAUUGCAUUCGUAUUGUUUACUAUUGUAUCCAUUCAUUCUGGAAAUAGGAUUGUCUAUUAUAAUAUCCAUGAUCCCCACAUAAACAGUUGGAGAUAUUUUGUAUAUAUGUGCCAAACCCUGGUUUGAAACUAAAGUCUUGCCCUUUGAUGCACAGUACCCUUUUGGAUCGAAGGUCGGAGGGUUUAUCAAUGGAGUCUGCCAAGGAAUAUCCGCUUCGGAAUGUUAGUUCUCAUUGUUCCAUCCCGGAAAUGGAUGAUUAUGACUUCACAAAGCUUCUUGAUAAGCCGGAUAGGCCUAAAUUAAACAUUGAGAGGCAGAGAUCUUUUGAUGAGAGGUCACUCAGCGAGUUGUCCAUUGGUUUAUCUAGAGCUUUAGAUGCUUAUGAGACUGCUUACUCACCUGGCCGGUCGGCUUUAGAUACCCCUGCUUCAUCCACUCGGAAUUCUUUUGAGCCGCACCCCAUGGUUGCUGAGGCUUGGGAUGCUCUCCGGCGGUCCAUGGUGUUUUUCCGUGAUCAACCUGUUGGCACAAUCGCUGCUAUUGAUCAUGCGUCGGAGGAGGUUCUGAACUAUGAUCAGGUUUUUGUUCGAGAUUUUGUACCCAGUGCUCUGGCAUUUCUAAUGAACGGAGAGCCUGAAAUAGUCAAAAACUUUUUAUUGAAGACACUUCAGCUUCAAAGUUGGGAAAAGAGAGUUGAUAGAUUCAAACUCGGGGAAGGAGUCAUGCCAGCUAGUUUUAAGGUUCUUCAUGACCCUGUACGCAAGACAGAUACUAUAGUAGCUGAUUUUGGUGAGAGUGCGAUUGGAAGAGUUGCUCCAGUUGACUCUGGAUUUUGGUGGAUCAUUCUUCUACGUGCAUACACAAAAUCUACUGGAGACCUCACUUUGGCUGAAACACCAGAGUGCCAAAAGGGAAUGAGACUUAUAUUGACCUUAUGUUUAUCUGAAGGUUUUGAUACCUUUCCUACCUUGCUUUGUGCUGAUGGAUGCUCAAUGAUUGAUCGGAGAAUGGGAAUCUAUGGGUAUCCAAUUGAAAUCCAAGCACUCUUCUUUAUGGCCUUGAGAUGUGCUUUGCUAAUGCUUAAGCAUGAUGCGGAAGGGAAAGAAUGCAUUGAGAGAAUAGUCAAGCGUUUACAUGCCUUAAGUUAUCACAUGAGAAGUUAUUUCUGGCUUGACUUCCAACAACUAAAUGACAUAUAUCGUUACAAAACUGAAGAGUAUUCGCAUACUGCAGUAAAUAAGUUUAAUGUUAUUCCAGAUUCAAUUCCAGAGUGGGUGUUUGACUUUAUGCCAACCCGUGGUGGUUAUUUUAUUGGAAAUGUUAGUCCGGCAAGGAUGGAUUUCAGAUGGUUCGUCCUAGGAAAUUGUGUUGCUAUCUUAUCUUGUCUUGCCACUGCCGAGCAAGCUGCUGCAAUUAUGGAUCUUAUAGAAGCUCGCUGGGAAGAGCUUGUCGGUGAAAUGCCCCUCAAGAUCUGUUAUCCUGCUAUAGAAAGUCAUGAAUGGAGAAUAGUCACUGGAUGUGAUCCAAAGAAUACAAGAUGGAGUUACCAUAAUGGUGGAUCUUGGCCAGGUUCUUCAUCUUUUUCUUUUCAUUUUGUUCCUCUCUGUUUUACUGCAUUGUUAUAACACUUUUCUUUAUUUUUUGACAUGAGAAUUCACUAAAAUCAAUUUCUUCUGCGAUGCAUAUUUCAGCUCUAGAUUCGUAUGUUCCUCUUCUAAUCUUGCACUUGGGUCAGUAGUAGUUCUAUAGCUAAAUUUGUGAUAAAGUGGAUUGCGGCUUUGCCAUGGAUGAUUUGUGGGAUUUUGCUCGAGUUUUUCAUUGAGUUUGUUCUUGUCAAUGGUGUACACCCUUUUUUAAUUGUCAAAAUGAGUGAGAGUAUUCACUAGGGUCGAGUAACAUGAUUUUACGAGCUCUAUCUGCAAUCAUGCAAUUCCUUUUCAUUGUUUUCUUCUUUCAGUGACAUUUGAGCUUCCUUAAUUGGUAUUUGAGCUUUAUAUUCAAAUAAUCCCUAUCCAAUGGUAUAUUCAAUGAUCUUUUUCCCAAUGCAGUUCUCUUGUGGCUGCUAACGGCUGCAUGCAUCAAGACUGGACGUCCUCAAAUUGCUAGACGAGCUAUUGAUCUUGCCGAGAGCCGUUUACUCAAGGAUAGCUGGCCCGAAUACUAUGAUGGAAAACUGGGGAGAUUCAUCGGUAAACAAGCUAGAAAGUACCAGACAUGGUCAAUUGCUGGAUAUCUGGUAGCAAAGAUGAUGCUGGAAGAUCCUUCACACUUGGGGAUGAUCUCCCUUGAAGAGGACAAGCAAAUGAAGCCUAUAAUGAAAAGAUCAUCGUCUUGGACUUGUUGACAGAGAGCCGAGGGAACAGAAAAAAUGCAGAAAAUAGUAGAAAGAAAACAAAAGGUGAGAGAAAAGGAAUUUUCUUUCUUUACUAGAGAAACUAAUUCUUUGGCAAUUUGUGCCAUUGUAAUGUUCCAUUUUAAGUUUUGCUUUGUUGUGUGCAUUAGCAUCCUCUGGGCUUUUGUUUCUUCCUUAUUAUUUAAUAAAAUGGACAUUUAUGAUGUUGGUUUAGACUGUUGAAUGUCAAUAUUUUUAUGAUUUGGUUGAGAUUAAUUUAGGUGAAAGCUUGGGAUAAUCCUUAGGACAAGGAAAGUACUAAAACUUGGAGUUUGAUCGGAGCUGAAUCGUCUGUAAGAGUUCAAGUUUUUGUUUUGAUUUUCCUUUGACUUACAAAACGUUACUUCAGAAAUCAGAUAAAAUAACACAGAACAAAAAAAAGAUUAUAAUAUGGUGGUUUGAAGGCCUCUAUAUUGGCAAUUCUUAUUAAUAUAAGGGAGAGGCUUGUGGAUGGAGAGGAUUUCCCCUUUUUAAAAUGUAAAUAUACUCUCCUCCCAAUUCAAGUCUAGUAAUGAAACAUACUUCCUCUGUGUCGAAAUUAUUGUCCAGUUUAAAUUUUUACUUUUAGUUCAAUAAUAUUAUAAAUGAAAUCUCAAACUGUAUAAUAAUUUUGAGACGGAAAGAGUAAUUGUUAUUAUGAGUCGGAGAAUGUAAAGCCCUACAAACAUAUCAAAAUAUUAUCUUUCAUUACAGCUUUAUAAAGUACUAAAGCUGUAAUUUUGGGACGGAGAGAGUAGCUUACUUUUGUAAUCAAAGUAUCAUCUUUGAAUGAAGUAAUUUCCAAGUAUUUAUGUUUUGAUUGAGUAAUUUCUGGGACACUGAAAAAACAAGCUAAUAAACGUAAAAUCAUUAUUAAUAUGGUUUACGAAAAAUAUUGCUCAUUCUCCUUACAUCUCAUGUCCAC